UGGGGCGGAGGCUGGCGGGGCCCGCCUGGGAGGCGCGCGGUCCAAGUCGCAGGCAUCUCUUCGUCUCUUCCCGUCGGAUCCCGUCCCGGGAUGUCGGGGGCAGGCGAGGAAGAGGCGGGGUCCGCGGGCGGGUGGGGCUCACCCCUCAAGGCCGCCCUCUCGGCGCGCCCGCGUCCUCCCUGCUCCCGGCCCUGCCACUCCCUCGCUGGCCCGAACAGCUGUUUACAACGGAAUCCGGACGCCGGGCGCGAGUGGAGCUCAGUGCCAGAGGAGGUGAUUCCCGGCGCCGGGGACAGAGCCCCUUUCUUUUGCUGAAAGACCCUUUCUGCUGGGGAGCCUCUUGUGUCCAGCCUAGGCCCGCGUGCAGCCCCGACGGAUGACCGUCUUCUUGGCAAGAAAGUGGAUAAACUUAAUUGAGAAUGUCUGAAAACCUUGACAAGUCCAAUGUAAAUGAAGCAGGAAAAUCAAAAUCCAAUGAUUCUGAGCAAGGCCUCGAAGAUGCUGAAGAUGCUGUGGAAGGUGCUGAUGAAGCCUUACAGAAAGCAAUAAAGUCAGACUCCUCCAGCCCCCAAAGAGUGCAAAGACCUCACUCUAGUCCUCCUCGCUUUGUGACAGUAGAAGAACUUCUAGAGACAGCGAGAGGCGUCACCAACAUGGCUCUAGCCCAUGAAAUUGUAGUAAAUGGAGACUUUCAGAUUAAACCAGUUGAAUUACCGGAAAACAGCUUGAAGAAGAGAGUAAAGGAGAUUGUACAUAAAGCGUUUUGGGAUUGCUUGAGUGCACAGCUAAGUGAAGACCCCCCAGCGUAUGACCAUGCUAUCAAACUUGUAGGAGAAAUCAAAGAGACUCUCUUAUCUUUCUUGCUGCCUGGUCAUACUAGACUGAGAAACCAGAUAACAGAAGUCUUGGAUCUGGAUCUGAUAAAGCAGGAAGCAGAGAAUGGGGCCCUAGACAUUUCCAAACUGGCAGAAUUCAUUAUUGGCAUGAUGGGGACACUGUGUGCACCUGCUCGAGAUGAGGAAGUUAAGAAACUAAAGGACAUUAAGGAAAUAGUGCCCCUGUUCAGAGAAAUUUUUUCUGUGUUGGACCUAAUGAAAGUGGACAUGGCCAACUUUGCUAUCAGUAGUAUCAGGCCUCAUCUCAUGCAGCAGUCAGUUGAAUACGAAAGGAAGAAGUUUCAAGAGAUUUUGGAGAGGCAACCAAAUUCCCUGGACUUUGUCACCCAGUGGCUGGAAGAAGCCUCAGAGGACCUUAUGACUCAGAAGUAUAAACACGCCCUGCCAGUUGGGGGAGCAGCUGCUGGCUCUGGGGACAUGCCCAGGCUGAGCCCUGUUGCUGUCCAGAAUUACGCUUAUCUGAAGCUUCUGAAGUGGGACCACCUCCAGAGGCCGUUCCCUGAAACAGUUUUAAUGGACCAGUCUCGCUUCCAUGAGCUCCAGUUGCAGCUGGAACAACUGACCGUCCUGGGGGCUGUGUUGCUGAUCACCUUCAGCAUGGCAGCCCCAGGAAUUUCCAGCCAGGCCGACUUUGCUGAGAAACUCAAGAUGAUUGUGAAGAUUUUGCUAACAGAUAUGCACCUACCCUCCUUCCAUCUGAAGGACGUCCUCACUACCAUCGGGGAGAAGGUGUGCCUAGAGGUGAGCAGCUGCCUCUCCCUGUGUGGGUCCUCCCCCUUCACCACGGACAAGGAGACCGUGCUCAAGGGCCAGAUCCAGGCCGUGGCCAGCCCCGAUGACCCCAUUCGCAGGAUCAUGGAAUCUCGAAUCCUGACCUUCUUAGAAACCUACCUUGCCUCGGGUCAUCAGAAUUUUUUUUUUUUUUUUUUUGGGGGACUCAGUCCAGUUCAGAGAGAGCUUUUUUUUUUUUUUUUUUUAUUUGCUCGCCUGGUCAACUAUAACAAGAUUUUUUUUUUUUUUUUUUUUGAUGCAAUCCUCAGAAAAAGAUGGAUAUCUUUUGGCAAAUUCUUUGGGUCCAGCAAUACUGAUAUGAGUCCUUGGAACUGUAGGACUGACUAUCCCAUGAGUCUGCACAUUAGAUUUCCAAAGGUAAGUUCACAUGUCUAACAUGCUGCUUGUUGAACUGUUUAACAAAAGGAAUGAUCAAAUAUCAGGCAGAAUCACCUUAAAAACUAAAAAUUCAUACAUAUCUGUAGCAGUUAGAGCAUUCAAAAAUGUUUUCUUCUAAUGAGAAUCCUUUUUAUGCUCAAAGAGCUGAUCAUUUCUAGGGUAAAAAAUCUUAUAAAUAAAUGCAAUAGGAACAGUUAUAAUAUACAUAGUAGCCUUAACAAUAAUUGGUACGGUUUGAAUCUGUGUCCCCACCAAAUCUCAUGUCAGAUUGUAAUCCCCAGUGUUGGUGGUGGGGCUUGGUGGGAGGUGAUUGGUCGGGGGAGGGGGACGAAGUUCCCAUGAAUGGGUUAGCACCAUCCCCUCAGUGCUGUUCUUCUGAUAGUGAGUUCUCGUGAAAUCUGGUUGUUUAAAAGUGUGUGGCACCUCCCUCCCUCCUUUCUUCAUCCUGCUCUGGCCAUAUAAAACGUCCCUCUUCUCCUUCAUCUUCUGCCAUGAUUAUACAUUUUCUGAGGCUUCCCCAGAAGCAAAUGCCACUAUUCUAUCUGUA